AUGCCCCCCUCUCUUCCCUCCUCCCCCACCUCCCCCUCUGGUCUACCCUAUACUAUACGGGCCGCCCUGCCCCGCGAUGCCGCGUCAGUGUCCAAGCUUAUCGGGGAGACCUGGGCAAAGUUCUUUGCCUACUCUGUCACCGAGCAAGACUUGAAGGAUUAUCUUGCAUCCAGACUGUCAGAGAGCAAGAUAAAAGAGGAGAUCGAGAACGAAAAGAACACGUUCCUCGUGGCAGUUUUUACACCAGGAGGCCAAGAGGAAGAGAUCAAGGCCGUCGUGCACCUCGUCCAAGAUUCCUCCGAGCCCUGCCUCACACUCUCCCGUCCCAUAGAGCUUCAGCGCCUCUACGUGCACCCAUCAGAGCACGGCUCUGGGCUUUCUCACUCUUUGAUUGCUGCCGCCGAACAGGCUUCAAGGGCGCUGGGGGCGGAGAGUAUCUGGCUAGGGGUGUGGGAGGAUAAUGCAAGGGGCAAACGAUUCUACGAGAAGGCGGGGUUCAGUGAGGUUGGAGAGCAUUUCUUUUGGGUGGGCGAUAGUAAGAGGAGAGAUUUGAUCAUGGAGAAGGCUCUCUAG